AUGACCGCCGGCCUAAAAACCAUAAUUUCCCUCUCCUUUGUCCUCGCUCUCGGAUUCCUCCUUGUAAUCCUCUCUUGCGCGCUCUUCCACCAAUACCUCCCUCUCCUCGUCGUCCUCACAUUCAUCAUCGCCCCUCUCCCCAAUUUUCUCGCAUCCCGCUGUGCUUCUCCCGAUGACUUCUCCGAUUCUUCUUCUUCUGGAGUGCUCGAUCUCGGUCGUUUCGCAACGGGUUUCUUGUGCAUGAUGGGUGUAGCUCUUCCGGCGGUGUUGGCGCAUAGUCACAUCAUUACUGUGCCGGCCAUGGUGAUGAGUAUUAUUGGCGGUGUGCUGAUUUAUGGAACGGUGAUUAGUUUUGGAAUGUUUUUCCAGGAGGAGGCUGAGUUUUAG